AUGUCCCCGUUACCACGCAAAUCCCUCCUCAUCGCAUCCCUAUUGACAUGGCUUCCUGUCUGCAUCCACGCUCAUAUGCAAUUGAGUUGGCCCUACCCCCUACGAAGUCCUCUUGACCCUGAUGUCCCCUACUACGAGAAAGACUACUCUAUGACAUCUCCUCUCCUGCCUGACGGCUCUGAUUAUUCCUGCAAACACUACACGAAGGACUACGCCGAUACUAACGUGACUAAAGCAACUUAUGUGGCAGGUGGUACCUACGACAUGUGGUUAAACGGGACAGCAACCCACGACGGAGGAUCUUGUCAGUUAUCGCUGUCGUAUGACAAUGGAGCCACCUUCAAAGUCAUCAAGUCGAUAAUUGGCGGUUGUCCCAUUGUCAGAACCUACGAUUUCACCAUUCCCGAAUACGCGCCGGCCUCGGACACGGCCCUCUUGUCUUGGAGCUGGUUCAACCUUGAAGGUAACAGAGAGUUCUACCAGAAUUGUGCCAGAGUCAAGAUUGUCAGCAACCAGGCCCAACGCUACCGUCGGACUCCCUUCAAGCGACAGACCUCCAUGAAUGAUCUCCCGGAUAUCUUCACCUGCAACAUUGGCAAUGGCUGUCAGACCAUUGAGGGUGAGGACGUUAUAUUUCCCAACCCCGGCAACGAUGUCGUCUAUGGCCAAGACGCCAUUACUCCGCAUUCUGGAAUUGGAUACACAAUCUCGGGGGCUCCGGCAACGUCUACUGCGAGUACGACGCCUGCUACUGCUGGACUUUCCGACUCUCCUACUACGGCUGCCGCGACUUCUACUAGCUCUGGAUUCCCGAGCGCUCUGGUCACCACUACAACUGGAACUCCCUUGGAAACGACCACUUCACAGCCUCCCUUCCCGAUAGCCAACACCACCAUAACCACCGGACUUCCCUCUGGAACUGGACUCCCGGACCCUUCUGGACCUAUACUUACCCUCACAGGAAGCAUUACAUACUUCACACCCACUUCGACAAGUAGCCUUAGCACGGCAACGAUGACCGGGACCUCGACCGAGCCCUCGUUAUUGACUGAGAGUUCUACGCCGUCAUCGACUGAAAGCUCUACAUCCUCAUUACUCAGCUCUAUAUUCAUGCCGUCAUUCCUCAGCUCUAUAUUGUCGCCUACAGAGACCACGAGCAUACCGACAACCUUCAUCACCCUCACUACCUCCCCUCCAUCUUCCGAACCGUCCACAUCAUCACCAAUGUCAAUCUCUACCCCUACCUCUACAUCAACAACAACAUCCGCACCAUCCGCACCAUCCGCAUCAGCGACGUCCUCCUGCGUCCCAGGCACAUUCGAAUGCAACUCUCUCACAACCUUCUCACAAUGCGUGAGCACAUCAUCCUCGUCGACCACGUAUGUGUAUAUGGGAUCUGUGGCCGCAGGGAUGCAGUGUGUCAACGGUCAGUUCGUACGUGAGAGCUCGGGCACAUGUACUCCCUCGGGCAGUAUCUUCUGUAACGGCGAGAAUGCGUUUUACCUGUGCGACCAGGGCGGGUUGGUGGAUAUGGGCCCUGUGGCACCUGGGACGGCGUGUCGCAACGGAGUGAUUGGAUUCGCCUAG